GGCUGCUGGAGACUUGCGAACAGUUUAGAUAGAGCAAGAACGCGCCCGAGAGAGCGAGCGAGCGAGCGAGCGAGCUAGAGUGACAGAGUGCUAGGGGACCUAGAGGACUCAGGAAGACAGAGCGAGGGCCUAAGGACCCACGGUAGAGACAGAGUGACCAUGGCUGUCUCUGCACCUCCGGUGAUCUCUGCAACUUCCAGCAGCGCCGGCGUCCCGGGGGGCUUAUUUCGGGCCGAUCCCUUGUAUUCGACUUCUGGAGAGCCCCCUCGACUAACCCCUAACAUGAUCAACAGUUUCAUGGCUAAUAAUCACAGCGGCAGUGGAGGGAUUGGUAGUGGCAGCGGUGGCAGCGGCAACUCCAACGCUAACACCAACGAGUGCCGGAUGGUCGACAUGCACGGGGUGAAGGUGGCUUCCUUCUUGAUGGAUGGCCAGGAAUUGAUCUGCCUGCCGCAAGUGUUUGAUCUUUUCCUUAAACACCUGGUUGGGGGGUUGCACACAGUAUACACCAAGCUGAAGAGACUGGACAUAUCCCCCGUGGUGUGUACUGUGGAGCAAGUCCGUAUCCUCCGCGGGCUGGGAGCCAUCCAGCCGGGGGUGAACCGUUGUAAACUCAUCACCAGGAAAGACUUCGAAACUUUGUUCACCGAUUGCACCAAUGCCAGUUCAAGGCCUGGCAGGCCUCCUAAGCGUUCUUUGGGAGUGUUACAAGACAACACCCGCCUUUUGCCCCACGCAGUUCCAGGCCUGUUAUCACCAGGACUUAUCACUCCAACAGGUAUAACAGCUGCAGCAAUGGCUGAGGCGAUGAAGUUGCAGAAGAUGAAGCUUAUGGCUAUGAAUUCUCUUCAGGGAAAUGGAAGCCAAAAUGGGACAGAAUCAGAGCCUGAUGAUCUUAAUUCUAACACAGGUGGAAGUGAAUCUUCCUGGGAUAAGGAUAAGAUGCAGUCUGCUCUUGCUCCUCCUGGACCUCAACAUGGAAUUGCUCAUGCAGCACUGGCUGGCCAGCCAGGCCUUGCAGGAACUCCCACCCUUAAUCCACUGCAGCAGAACCACCUGCUAACCAAUCGGCUGGAUCUGCCAUUUAUGAUGAUGCCUCAUCCUCUACUUCCAGUCAGCUUACCUCCUGCAUCAGUUGCCAUGGCAAUGAAUCAGAUGAACCAUCUUAAUACUAUUGCCAACAUGGCUGCUGCAGCCCAGAUUCACAGUCCACUUUCCAGAGCUGGUGCCUCUGUUAUAAAGGAACGGAUCCCAGAGAGUCCUUCUCCAGCCCCCUCUCUGGAAGAAAGUCAUCGCCCUGGGAGCCAGACCUCCUCUCACCCCAGUAGCAGUGUGUCAAGCUCUCCCUCCCAGAUGGAUCAUCAUUCUGAGAGAAUGGAAGAGGGACCAGUUCAAAUUCCAAUGAUGAAGUCGCCCUUGGACAAGAUCCAGCUGGCUCCUGGGCAGGCCUUGCCCCCUGGAUUCCCUGGACCAUUCAUUUUUGCUGAUAGUCUGUCCUCUGUGGAGACUCUGUUGACCAACAUUCAGGGUCUGCUGAAAGUGGCCUUGGAUAAUGCUCGUAUCCAGGAGAAGCAGAUUCAGCAAGAAAAGAAGGAGCUGCGAAUGGAGCUCUACAGAGAGAGAGAAAUUAGAGAAAACCUAGAAAGACAGCUUGCAGUGGAACUUCAAAGCAGAACUACCAUGCAAAAGCGCCUGAAGAAGGAGAAAAAAGCCAAAAGAAAACUGCAGGAAGCCUUGGAAUUUGAAUCAAAGCGUCGGGAGCAAGUGGAGCAGGCACUUAAGCAAACUACUAAUAAUGACAGUGGCCUGAGGAUGUUGAAAGAUACUGGAAUUCCAGAUAUUGAAAUAGAAAGCAAUGGGACUCCUCAUGAUAGUGCUGCUAUGCAAGCAUGAACACUGAUGCCGGAACUCCAACUGAUCAUAGGCACGGAUAGGGAGGUAACUAUUACUGUUUAGCAAUGGCACAACAGUUUUAUUCGGCCUGAAAGGUCCCUGCUGGCUUUACAUAAAUGAAGAUGCUUGUGAUUCCAGUUUGUCUCUGAAACUGUUCAACAUGGAAAUAUUUCAGUUGUGUUUAUCAGCAAAGCUUUCCUUAUUGAAGCAAAUACCCAAUCAAUGUUACACUUUUGAAAGGAAUGUGUGUAUAUUGUAAAGGCAAUGAUCUAAACCUUGUCUUCGCAUUAGAUUUCCCAGUUUAAGGAUAGGAUCUAAAUCCGAAUGGCUAAAGUAACUUGAUUGUAUUUGAUGCUUUUCUAUGCUCAUUUCAGCUUGGCUUUUUGUCUUUCAAAGAAAAAAAAUAUGGUAGUGUGUUAGAGAUUAGAAACUUACAUGUAUGGUUUCUCUGUUUUACCAUAUGUUAAGUUAAAGUACACUUACUUUGUUAAAAAUGUACUUGCUAAACUUCAGUAUAAAUAAAAGCAUUUUGAAUUUG